AUGGCUUCACUUAAUGACAUUAAGCAUAUAGAAGAGCUAACAAUAUAGUUUAUUAUCUAUGUCUGUGCUACUAUAAUAAAUUCGAUAGAUAUCUCGAUAACAGUAUUUACUUUUGUGAUGCAUAAUACGGCAUAUGAAAGUUCUAGAACAUUUCGUUUGUGUUGAUACUUUUAAUUUCAAGUUAUAAAUCAGUUGAUUGACAUUCAAUAAAUAUUACAUUAUGGCUAACAAAAGUGAAGAAAAUCAAGCUCCAAUUAAAAAAGAUUGGUACCAGUCAGAAACUCAUGUAUAUGUUACUAUUUUAGGCAAGCAUUCUUGUAAAGAAGAUUGUACUAUAAAAUUUAGCUCAAAUAAUAUAAUCAUUCAAGCUAAAUAUGCAACUGGUCAACAAUACACUUUGAAUAUACAUCUAUUUAAACAAAUUAUACCAGAUAAUUGUAAUUAUAAGGUACUUUCUUCCAAAUUAGAAGUAGUACUUGCUAAAGCUGAAGCUGGCAGAUGGGAAUCAUUAGAAUGUGUUGCUAUACAAAACCCUAGUACUAGUAGCAAUCAAGAACGCAACUGGGAUAAAGUGGUUAAUGAAAUGACUAAAGAUGAUGAUGACAAUGAUGUAAAUAGCUUAUUUAAAAAAAUAUACUCUGAAGGUAGUGAUGAAGUACGUAAAGCAAUGAACAAAUCCUUUUUAGAAUCUGGUGGUACAGUUUUAAGUACAAAUUGGAAGGAUGUAGCUAAAGAUAAAGUUGACAUUAAACCUCCAGAAGGUAUGGAAUGGAAAAAAUGGGAUCAAUAAUUAAAUUGUGUAUUUUUAUGAAUAUUGAAUUAAAGAAAUAUAUUGAAUUGUUUGUAAUUAAUAUUUUCCCUUUAAAUUAUUUUUGUGUACAAAGUCCUGUUAAGUAUAACUAUUUUCUAUUGUAA